CUAAAAUGUAAGUGUAAAUGUUGGGCUGACAGCUAUAUAAAGUGUGUGUGUGUGCGUGUACAGGGGUGUGGUAAGUACAUGCAUGUGUAUUUCUGUUUAGGGGGUGCAUCCCUGUGUGUUUACAUGUAGCUUUGUUUAGGACUGGGUGUAUAAAUGUUUUUCAUUUCUGCCAUCCAAAGAUGUCUGCGCGGCAGGUCAGCCAGCUCCAGAGAGUCGGCACAGGGCUGUAAUUGAAAGUAGAGCAGGUGAGCGGAGCUGCUGUAUUGAUGAGUGUAUCAGGCUCCGUCAGCAGGCCCUGUGUCCACCACGCGUCCCUGGGGAGGGGAGGAUGAGCUGUGAGUCUGCCAUCUGUUGGAGCAGGCGCCUCACUAUGGGGAGGCAGGGAGGCAUGGGGUGGGUGGUGCAGGCAGUCUGCAAAUAUAUAAAUGUACAUGUAUUAGCUGCAGAUCUGGCCACCAAUUAAGGUAGAAAUGUAAUGGGAGCAUGUGUGAGGAGUGCUAAUGAAGACAAGUGGGCAAACUAAUAUAGCAACACGUGUGUGUGUGAGAGAGACAGAUCUAGAGUGUGUGUGGAGGGGAGAGGGGGAGGGUUUCGCUACCUAGUGCCAGUAGUACAGCUCUUCAGUGCCACACAGUGGGGUGUGAGGGGGCAGAGCAGCGACUGUUGGCACACACCCUGCCUAUAUUAUUGUGUCCUGUCUGUCUGGGGCCUUCUUGGGCUGCUGAGUCUCAGGCUCUUGACUUCUCCACCCUCAUUUAGGCAGACCGUAAUAUUAGUAUUUCAUUAGUGAGGGUAGCAAAGUUAUUGUAUAUUCCAUGUAAUGGGAGAUAUCAUUUUGUACAUAAGAUGUACAUGGGAACUAAGUGGAGCCACAAUUGAAUAUAAAAUUGUGAAUACACAUUAUGUAAACAUUAAAUGCAACACUAGUAGCCUAUGCAUUUAGACACAAUUUCUUCAUACUACCCAAAUUACUAUUACAACAUCUGAAAUGUACUACAUUUUACCAAAAACAUAUUACCAUAUUAAUUUAAUUUGAUUCUAGAACACAGCAGCAAGUACAGUGAAUGAAGUGCAACACAAUGAAUAUUCAUACUGACAACAAACGACUUUCAAGGUGUUAGUAUAGAGGACAUCAAUCCAAACCAUUUCAUAGGCUUACAGUGUGUCACUUCAAUGCACAUGUUUAAAAUUCUUAUGCAGUGCCAUGAUGACACAGUAAUGGUCUCAGUUGUUGGAAUAGACUGUUAAAUCUGCCAUAGGCUCCUGCAGAACAUAAACCAUUCAUAAAUCUACGAGUCUACUUAAUCAACUAGGUGGUCUAUCAUAAAUGAUGGCAGAUAUACGUUUUUUGAUUCUUUCGUUGACCUGCAUGUGAUGGGUUUAAUUCCCAGCAAAUAGAGAUAUUACAGGUGACAAUUCAGUAUAUCACCAUGGGAUAUGGAAAUAGCUUUCGUGACUAUGUAUAGCCAUAAAACACCAUGGACUGCUUAUAUUUAUGGAAUAGCGUGAGAAAUAAAUGGUAAAAUGCAAUCACAUUAUUGCCGUAGUGAAAUGCAUCUGAUAAGAAACCCCUAUCAGGUGAAGCUGUGCAUGCAGUGCUUUAUCUGGACCACUAGUCGUUGCUCUUUCCCUGCAGCAGAGCGGAUGGCAAAGCAGGGGGCUUUUCAGUAGUUUAAAAAUGUUGGUAGGAUUCUGAGCGGGUGCUCUGUUGCGAUUGGUUUGAGAUCCGCUUUCCGUGAUUGGCCACGAGGUGUUAAAGGGGAGUGAGAAGUGCUGUUGAGGGAAGGGGGGCCAAGGUCUAUCUCUCAUCCCGAUUCACUUAUCACGUCCAUGCCUCAUCCUCCAAGUAACCUACUAGGUUUUCAAACAUUGCGUACAGUACGGUUUGAAAUGUGAUUCAACAUACGCACUGCUGGAAUACUAUUCUGUGGCAGCUGAAGGAUUUGUGUUUACACCUUUUUAAAAGGCAGAGGAAAGGCAGACCACCUUUGCCAUGCCAGUGGAUUUGUUAGCGAUUUUAUGCGUGAUUACUACGGUUUACGCAGUGGAAGAGACAGUGAUGGACACGCGGACGGCCACAGCGGAGCUGGGUUGGAUAGCGUAUCCUGCCUCUGGGUGGGAGGAGGUGAGUGGCUACGAUGAGAACCUCAACACCAUCAGGACCUACCAGGUGUGUAACGUGUUCGAGCCCAGCCAGAACAACUGGCUCCUCACCACCUUCAUCGACAGACGAGGGACUCAGCGUGUCUAUGUGGAGAUGCGUUUCACCGUACGUGACUGCAGCUCCAUCCCUAGUGUCCCCGGCUCCUGUAAGGAGACUUUCAACCUCUACUACUACGAGACAGACUCGGUCAUCGCCACCACCAAGGGAACCUCCUUCUGGAUGGAAGCCCCCUACCUGAAGGUGGACACCAUCGCGGCCGACGAGAGUUUCUCCCAGGUGGACUUCGGCGGACGAUUGAUGAAGGUCAACACGGAGGUGCGGAGCUUUGGCCCUCUCUCCCGUAAUGGGUUCUACUUGGCCUUCCAGGACUACGGGGCCUGCAUGUCCCUGCUGUCAGUACGUGUCUUCCAUAAGAAGUGCCCCAGCGUGGUGCAGAACUUCGCCAUCUUCCCAGAGACCAUGACAGGCGCCGAGAGCACCUCGCUGGUCAUCGCCAGAGGCACGUGCAUCGCUAACUCAGAGGAGGUGGACGUUCCCAUCAAGCUGUACUGCAACGGAGAUGGGGAGUGGAUGGUUCCCAUCGGGAGCUGCACCUGCAAGGCUGGUUUUGAGCCGGACAACGGCAAUGUCUGUAGAGCGUGUCCCCAGGGAACAUUCAAGUCCACCCAGGGGCCAGGGCUGUGUCUGCAGUGCCCCCCCAACAGCCGCUCCACUGUGGAGGCUGCCACCAUCUGCGGCUGCCGCAACGGAUACUAUCGAGGAGACAUGGACCUGCCCGAGGCCUCUUGCACCAGUGUCCCCUCUGGUCCCAGGAACGUCAUCUCCAUCGUCAAUGAGACCUCGGUGAUCCUGGAGUGGCACCCGCCUAGGGAGACUGGCGCCCGCGAUGAUGUCACCUACAACAUCGUGUGCAGGAAGUGCCGUGCGGACCGGCCGUUGUGCUCCCACUGUGAUGACAACGUGGAGUAUGUGCCCAGGCAGCAGGGUCUGACGGAGACCAGGGUGUUCAUCAGUAACCUGUGGGCCCACACCCCCUACGCCUUUGAGAUACACGCUAUCAAUGGAGUCACCAACAAGAGCCCCUACCCUGCCCAGCACGUGUCCAUCAACAUCACUACCAACCAGGCUGCUCCCUCCAUGGUUCCCAUCAUGCACCAGGUCAGCUCCACCAUGAAGAGCUUCACGUUGUCAUGGCCACAGCCUGAGCAGCCCAAUGGAAUCAUCUUGGACUAUGAACUGAGGUACUAUGAAAAGGACCACACUGAGUUGAAUUCAACCAUGGUGCGGAGCCAGACCAACACUGCCCGUGUGGAGGGCCUGAGGCCAAGCAUCAUGUACGUGGUACAGGUCCGUGCCAGGACGGUGGCAGGCUUCGGCAAAUACAGCAGCAAGCAGUGCUUCCAAACCCUGACAGAUGAUGAGUAUAAGUCGGAGCUGAGGGAGCAGCUGCCUUUGAUUGCAGGCUCAGCGGCUGCAGGAGUGGUCUUCCUUGUGUCAUUGGUGGCCAUCUCCAUUGUCUGCAGCAGGAAGAGAUCGUACAUGAAGGAGACUAUAUACAGUGACAAACUGCAGCACUACAGUACAGGCAGAGAGCUCUCUCUGAGACCAGACAUGUCCAACUGCCCUUCCCCCAUGGGAUGCCCCACCCACUUCUCUGGCUCACCAGGGAUUAAGAUCUACAUCGAUCCCUUCACCUACGAGGACCCCAACGAGGCCGUCCGAGAGUUCGCCAAGGAGAUCGACGUGUCUUGUGUGAAGAUCGAGGAAGUCAUUGGUGCAGGCGAGUUUGGGGAGGUGUAUAAGGGUCGUCUAAAGCCGGCUGGGAAGAGGGAGCUGUACGUGGCCAUUAAGACCCUGAAGGCGGGCUACGUGGAGAAGCAGAGACGGGACUUCCUGUCUGAGGCCAGCAUCAUGGGCCAGUUUGACCACCCCAACAUCAUCCGACUGGAGGGCGUGGUCACUAAGAGCCGGCCAGUCAUGAUCAUCACAGAGUUUAUGGAGAACGGGGCCCUGGACUCCUUCCUGAGGCAAAAUGACGGACAGUUCACAGUGAUCCAGCUAGUGGGGAUGAUGCGUGGCAAUGCCGCGGGCAUGAAGUACCUGGCAGAGAUGAACUACGUCCACAGAGACCUGGCCGCCCGCAACAUCCUGGUCAACAGCAACCUGGUCUGCAAGGUGUCCGACUUCGGCCUGUCCCGUUACCUACAGGAUGACACAUCAGACCCCACCUAUACUAGCUCCCUGGGAGGGAAGAUCCCGGUGAGGUGGACAGCCCCUGAGGCCAUUGCCUACAGGAAGUUCACCUCAGCCAGCGACGUGUGGAGCUAUGGCAUCGUCAUGUGGGAGGUGAUGUCAUUCGGCGAGCGGCCGUACUGGGACAUGAGCAACCAAGACGUGAUCAAUGCCAUAGAGCAGGACUACCGGCUGCCCCCUCCCAUGGACUGCCCCACAGCACUACACCAGCUGAUGCUGGACUGCUGGCAGAAAGACAGAAACGCCCGGCCCAAAUUCACUGACAUCGUCAAUACGCUGGACAAGAUGAUCCGCAACCCUACCAGCCUCAAAGCUGUGGCCACCAUCACUGCAGUGCCUUCUCAGCCCCUGCUGGGCCGCUCCAUUCCAGACUUCACCACCUUCACCUCUGUGGAGGACUGGCUAGGUGCCAUCAAGAUGGGCCAGUAUAGAGACACCUUUCUGGGCUCCGGCUUCACCUCCUUACCACUGGUGGCUCAGAUCACCUCUGAAGACCUGUUGAGGAUAGGAGUGACCCUGGCCGGCCAUCAGAAAAAGAUCCUGAGCAGUGUCCAGUCUAUGAGGGACCAGAUGGCCCAGUCGCCCACCUCCAUGGCCUGACUACAGGGGGCGCCAACACCACCACCAGGGAACCCAUAGUAGAAAUCCCGAUGACCCAAAAAAUACACCAGGGUGGAGACACUAACCUUGAUCUAAAGAAUGACUGUGUGGCACAUUCAUAACAACAACAUUCACACCCCCAACACACACUUUCUCAAGACCAGAGGGAAAGACACCUGCCCUCUAGUCUACUGAAGGUACAAAGGGAUAGAAGGGAAGAUUCUGCCUCAAAACAACUUCACUGGUUCAAUUACGGCAGUCUAUCAAGUUGGCUUCUUUUUUGCUGAAGAAGAGAGCAAGCGGAAAUGCAAGGGAGUUUGUUUGCUUGCCGUGACAGAUGGUCUUGAAGUGCUAAAGAUAAAAGAUAAAGAAACCUGUGCUACUUUAUGAGGAUCAAUGGGAUGACUUAGCCAAAGAACAGCAUCAAACAGUCACCCAAAUAAAAUAAAAAUAUACAAAAAAGAUAUUAAAAUCAAAACAAGUAGAUUGACUUCUUAUUUAAAUGAAUCUUCAUAUUGAAGAUUAUUUGUAAAUACUAUAUGGAUAUUAUUUUUCUGCUUGCAUUUUUUGCAACAACACAACUAGUUUCACCUGAAUAGUUUAGGAUUGUUGUAGUCAUGAAGGGUUAUUUUCUAUGGAGGCACUUGGAAGUUCUUCUCAAUAGGAGGCAGAUCCAUGGGGUAAAGACCGACAUGACUGAUUCUGUAUAAAGGAUACACUGUUUAUAUAUACAUAUAAGAUAUCUCUUUGUAAUGUUUUAGACUUUCAGAGACCAUAUUGACAUUGAACCCAUACACCUGCUAGAGUCAGUAAGUGUCUAGUGUUGUGCAUCGAAUACCCAGGGUAAAUACAUAAUGUUACAGGGACAGUGAAGGUUAUAUGAAAUCUUAAAGUUGUAUUGACAGUCUCAAGUGCUUUGUGCUUUCACCACACUACUACCCUAGAACAUUACCUACCAUUUCCGGUUGCUUUUCAAACAUGACAACAGAACGUCUUUCCCAGCUUGACGUGUUGUGUUGACCAUGCUGUGUUGACUCUGGGCCACUCGAGGCACGUUAAAGAAUGUGUCAAAAGCAUGUUGUAAGUCAGUGAAGGUUGUUAUUAUGACAGAGAGAGUGGGCAGAUAAGUAACAGGGAUGGACUUUGUAAAUCUACCUUUUAAUUAACACAGGUGACUUCCUCCCACGCCAAGCAAUUAAGCGGCAGGAAUGAGGUUCAAAACGUCGGGGGAAUACUGACCAUUGCAGACAGGUCAUUCUCCUAUCAGAUUCUGACAUUUCAUUGCCUUGUGCUUCCUCUCCUUUUUUAAUUAAGUUGAUAUCUACUAAUGAUAGACAUGAUCUAUUUGCGAUCAGCUCAUAAUGGUGUGUGGUGAUGAUGGGGGCUGUUGAAACAGUGCAGGUUAAUAGCUUGAAGUGGAUGGCUGUGUUCUCCUGGGGACCCAGAUGCUAGAACUGAAGCAUCAAAUUCAUUACCCAGCUCAAAUAUGACGGAUUACAGGGUAACAAGUGGGAGCCUUCUAACAUAAUACCUUUGAAAAAGUGUCUACUGUUCAUUUGUGUGCAUAUUUGUUCAGCAGGCCUUAGACAGCAUGUGAAGCUACAGUAUGUACAGAGUAACUGCCAUCUCCAUUACAAAUCAUUUUGUCUCUCUAUCUACGAUCCCAGUAGUAGCUAUCUUCAGCAGUGUCAUGGUAACCCCUCACAGUUACAGUUAUUGGUGGCAGCAAAGAGUUAUUAUUGACCAGAGCAGACUGUACUGUAUGUCAGGGCCCAUCAGGUUAAGUGUUACAAAAACACUUUGGCCAAAUAUGUCUCAACAGUACCUAAUGUAUAUCAUAAUACAGAGAGUACUGUAUCACCUGCACUCAAGCAGAGACUUGAGUGCAGGUGAUCCUCUGUAGCUCAAUUGGUAGAGCAUGGCGCUUGUAACGCCAGGGUAGUGGGUUCGAUCCCCGGGACCACAC